CAGUUAACUGUCAUCUACUCCCCCACCCACCCCACCACACUCAUACACUGAACCUCAGAGAUCGGGGUGACCUGCCUCCAUAUCUGGCUCCCUACAGAGUGACCAGGGCCAGGCUAAAUGGAUUCUUGGUCAGGAAGAGUCUCCCCUUGAUGAGUCCUACUUCUACUACUUGAAGGGCUUGACUGGUUGCACAGACCUCCUGCCAUGGCAGGGACCUCGAAGCGUUCCAUGUCUCCCCACUCCUCACAGUCUUCCAGCCCCAGGACUUCCUCCUGUGAGAUGUUUGGCUAUGUGGGGAUUGAGGCUGUGCUGGACCAGCUGAAGAUCAAAGCCAUGAAAACUGGUUUUGAAUUCAACAUCAUGGUUGUUGGGAGGAGUGGAUUGGGUAAGUCUACAAUGGUAAACACUUUGUUCAAGUCCAAGGUGUGGAAAUCAUCACCAGUGAACAAGUUGGGGCCUUUACCUCAAACCCUUCAACUGCAAUCUGUUACCCAUACAAUUGAGGAGAAGGGGGUGAAACUGAAGCUGACAGUGACAGACACACCUGGAUUUGGGGACCAGAUCAACAAUGACAAGUGUUGGGACCCCAUCCUGAACUACAUCAAUGAUCAGUAUGAGCAUUACCUACAGGAAGAGGUUCUCAUCACUCGGCAGCACCACAUCCCUGACACACGAGUGCACAUCUGUGUGUACUUUGUGCCUCCCACAGGGCACUGCCUUCGACCUCUAGACAUUGAAUUUCUGAAGCGUCUCUGUCGGGUGGUAAAUGUUGUUCCUGUUAUUGCCCGGGCAGACAGCCUCACCUUAGAAGAGAGGGAAGCUUUCAGGUGGCAGAUUCAGGAGGAUCUGAAGAAAAAUGGCAUCUUUGUUUACCCCCAGAAGUGCUUUGAUGAAGACACAGAUGACAAAGCUUUGAAUGACAAGAUCCGGGAGAAGAUCCCCUUUGCUGUGGUUGGGGCAGACCGUGAGCACACAGUUAAUGGGAAAUGUGUCCUUGGCCGGAAGACAAAAUGGGGAAUCAUUGAAGUGGAGAACAUGGCUCAUUGUGAAUUCCCUCUCUUGAGAGACUUGCUCAUCCGCUCCCAUAUGCAGGACCUCAAAGACAUCACCCAUAAUGUUCACUAUGAAAAUUAUCGAGUACACAGAUUAAAUGAGAGCCACCUAUUAACAAAGGGGGCUGGAUGGGUGACCUUAAGCCCACCCUCCCGAAGGACCACUCCCGGACGCUGUCAAAGCCUGCGCUGGAGUCAAGAAGAUUUAGAAAAUGGUUCCUGAAUGCUAAACAUGAACCUGUCAAACCUCUCAUACUCGAGACCCCUCAGACUUUCAAUCUCACAACUUUUCUCUAUACUGUUCCCUUUUACCACAACCAGAUAAAUUCGGACUCUCCCAAGACAUCAGGUCUUGGUCCCUCCCACUCCAACCAUCCUCCUCCUACUUUGUACUAACUUUGGGAGUAUCAAGUUAGAAAUUUCGUCAUUGAAAGGUGUGCUUUGUAAAUUGCUUGAUUUUUGCGCUUCGAUGAAUUUUUAU